GGCCCAGCGCGAGUCUUUCCGGGAGUUGUAGUUCUUGGGGCUUUGCCGGGGACGCCGGGAAGGACCAGUGGUCAGAGGCCAGGAGCGGCAGUUGGGCUUGGUUGAGGCUGCUGACACUAUGUCCCGCGUGUCGGUGCCCUGCCAUGUGAAAGGCACGGUGGCUUUGCAGGUGGGCGACGUGCGAACCUCCCAAGGCCGGCCUGGUGUGCUGGUCAUCGAUGUCACUUUCCCCAGCGUCGCGCCCUUCGAGUUACAGGAGAUCGUGUUUAAGAAUUACUACACAGCCUUUCUGAGCAUCCGUGUUCGGCAGCACAGCUCAACGCACACCCCGGGGAAGUGGGUGACUUGCCUGCGGGACUACUGCCUCAUGCCUGACCCGCACAGUGAGGAGGGAGCCCAGGAGUAUGUAUCGUUGUUCAAGCACCAGAUGCUGUGUGACAUGGCCAGAGUACUGGAGCUGCGCCUGAUUCUGCGACAGCCAUCACCACUGUGGGUGUCUUUCACAGUGGAGGAACUGCAGAUUUACCAGCAGGGACCAAAGAGUCCCUCCAUGACCUUCCCCAAGUGGCUCUCCCACCCAGUGCCUUGUGAGCAGCCUGCUCCCCUCAUUGAGGGUCUCCCAGACCCCAGCAGGGUAUCCUCCGAGGUGCAGCAGAUGUGGGCGCUGACAGAGAUGAUCCGGGCCAGUCACACCUCCACAAGGAUCGGCCGCUUUGAUGUGGAUGGCUGUUACGACCUGAACUUGCUCUCCUACACCUGAACUGUGGCUGUUAGCCAAGAUGUUGGCCUUCCGUGCCCACCCAGACCCGGUUUGGGCCACCAGAGGCUGGAGUGCUUUCCCUGUGCAUUCCGAGUGUUGCCUGCAUGUUCACUGGGUCUGGGCCACGUUCACAGAUUCAAGAUUCCUGGGGGCUCACUGUGUUGCUUCAGCAUGAGCUCUUGGCAGGGGUGUACUCUGUCCUCAUCCGACUGCAACCCGAAACUCCUUUUCCUACCCUAAAAACAUUUCAGUUCUACAUACUAAGAAUCCCCUUGUGCCCUCUGCUCCUUCUGCCAACAUGCACAUUCCAGACUCCUGCCUGCUCCUUCACCCUGAGUGCAGUGGGUUGGGGUGACCUACUAAACCUGCUCUAGCUGUUGCUGGAAGGCUGCUUGCUGUAGUCUUCGCACUCAGGUAGUUUGGAAGCUUGAGGGAAAAACAGGAGCCCGUUUCUUCCUUCUGCGCCCCCUAGUGGUCUUCUUUCCCUUUGUGUUACGCCCCUAAGAAGAAAUUUCCUGUCUUAACUACCUGCUGCCUGCCUAGGGAGCAAAGCUGGGGAUUUGGGCAGCCUGAACCCCUUGGUCCCUGAGCUUGCUCCUGGAUGCGUGUUCAAAUGGGUCUGCCCAUCCAGCCUGGGCAGGUGCCUCCGGCAAGGCCAGGGUGCGAGAAUGAGUUCCGGGACCUUUGUGCCCAACGCACGUUCUUGUCCAUUUUCCCAGCUGCCCCCUUCCAAGAGUCAUGCUCAGUGUGAUGAAAGAUCAGCCCUGGUAGGGUGAGGGUCCAGGUGAGCGCUCUCAGAGAGGCUGAGGUCUGCUACAACCCCAGGCCUGCUGCUAAGGCAGGCUGCUCUUACGAGAAAGUCUUCCUUUUCUGUUUUUUCCUGGCUUUGCCCCCCGGGGCUGUGAUGCAGCAGUACUGUAACUUGUGCUAGACCUGGAAAAUUGGACAUCUGUGGGGCUCAAAAGCUUUCUGGAGGAAGGUCAGCCCCCUUUUGGUGGCCACCCUGUGCUCUUACCAGAGUCCUUGCAGGUGUUGCCCGCAUGGUCAUUUACUUCGCCCCAUUCAGCUUCUGUUAAGAGGGUAAUGACCACAAUCCUGUACUCAGGGAGUAGCAGCCCUCAGAGAGAGUGUGAGAGAGAGAAUGUGUGUAAGAGAGUGGGGGGAGGUCCCUGGGGCGGUGGUGGGGACUGUGCUUCAUUCAUACCCAGCACAGGGCCUAGUGUGCAGCAAGAUCAAUAAAUACUUGUGGAAAGCAAGA